CAAUAUACAAUUAGAACACGCAUUUCAUACGUGCCGCUGUAAUUUCUAUGCAAACGUUUCUACCCCAUGUUCUUACCUAAUAUUAGGUAAGGCUAUUUAUUAGAUUCGAACUACCUAAUCGAAAAAAAAACAAAUCAAGAGUUGUACCUAAAGCAAAUAUGAACAAAACAAGAAAAUGAAUCGGUAUCAUUCAACGUGUUACUUCUCUUUGGUUAUUAAAGGCAGUUCUGAAAAGUAAUGGAUCAAUCGUAUAAAUCAAAAUUCAACAAAUUCAAGUGCAGUGCAAAAAUAAACAAUCCAAAGUGCAACCGUCAUAAUCUACGGGGCAUGUCAUUAAGAUUGAUAGAUAAAAUUCAUUCCAUGGGAUAUACACAUGAAAUCGACGAAUCGAUGAGUAUUUGUGAGUCAUGUCGUGGAUUGAUAAGUCACAACAGAAGCCCGAAUACGAAAAAACGCCGAUCGGAUGGAAACGACGAAACUAUGCAACCAUCAUUUAGUGGGCAGCAACAUCAUGAUGUUCCAGAACCAGAACCGUCAACGAGUGGUCAACAAAUCGAACAUGAGCUGGAUAUGGUACCAUCUAUUCCAUCAUUGGAGUCAAUUCCGUCAACAGAUCAACUACAGGGUCCCCAUAAUAUUGAGAAGUUUAAUACCAUUGCUGAAACAUUGAGUUUAUCGCCAAUCUCAUCUAGAAACAUGAGAAGUAUGGAAUAUCGCAUAAACAAAUCAUUGCAGAUUACGAAAGCAGUUCGAAAAAAUAUCUUCGGAAUAGAUUCAACGGAUGUUGGCAAAGUGGAGGCGUAUGACGAGAUAAUUAUGCAGUUAAAGGAUAAGUUCAAUCACCCUACAACUGACAGAAGCGAACAGAUUAAAAUACUAUCUGUACUUCCUAAGUCUUGGUCGGUAAAUAAAAUCACAAGAGAGUUUAACGCACCAAUGUAUAUGGCGAGGCAGGUGAAGGAUCUUGUUUAUGAACAGGGUAUUCUUUGUACCACCGAAAAAAGAAGGGGGCAUGGUAUUGAUGACGAUACAAAACAAAUAGUAAGAGAUUUUUUUGAUGAUAAUGAUAUCAGCAGGCCAAUACCAGGAACAAAUGAUUUUGUUUCUGAGGUUCGAAAUGGAAAAAAACAACAAGUUCAAAAACGACUUUUGAUGAUGUCGCUCAAAGAGGCUUAUAUGAUUUUUGUAGAUAUGUACAAAACUGUGAAUAUUGGUUUCACAGUAUUUACACAGUUGCGACCAAAGCAUUGUAUUUUACUUGAUUCUACUGGUAUACAUAAUGUAUGCAUAUGUACUAUUCAUGAAAAUGUAAAUUUAAUGUUCUACAGUAUAAGAAUUGUGUCACAAGAUGAAAUAAUACAAAAAAUGCUUUGCGAUAUUUCCACCAGAACAGAUAAUUGCUUUUUCCGUGCUUGUGAAAAGUGUGCUUGUAAUGAACACAUUGAAGAGGAACUUACAUUGAUAUUAGAAUCAAAUGACAAAGAAGAGAUUAUAUUUCAGCAGUGGUUGAAUACUGAUCGCUGUAAUUUAGAAACGAUUAUUAAACCCGUUGAUGAAUUUGUUCCGUAUCUUGUUGAUAAAAUUGACAAACUUAUAACACACGACUUUAUUCAUAAACAACAAUCAUCAUUUCUCAGAAAUAAAAAAGAUACAUUAAAGGAUGAUGAAAUUCUUGCGAUUUGUGAUUUCUCUGAAAACUAUUCAUUCAUAAUUCAAAACGCUGCUCAAGGAUAUCAUUGGAACAACUCGCAAGCAACAAUACACCCAUUUGAAAUUUACUAUAUGAAAGAUAAUAAACUUGUAAAUGUUAGCUUCAUUGUCAUAUCGGAAGUAAUGGCUCACAAUACAGUUGCGGUCCAGUUGUUCAUCUCAGAAAUGAUAGAUUUUAUGAAACAAUUUACGAACUUUUCUAAAAUUUAUUUUAUGUCUGAUGGGGCAGCAUCACAAUACAAAAAUAAGAAGAACUUUGCUAGUCUAUGUAGAUUCCAGUCAAAGCAUGCAUUAAGAGCAGAAUGGCAUUUUUUUGCAACGUCCCACGGUAAAGGUCCAUGUGAUGCUAUUGGUGGCACUCUCAAGCGAAUGGCAAAGAGAGCAAGUCUUGCUCGAGAUUAUGGAAAUACCAUAACAACUCCACGAGAGUUAUAUAACUGGGCAGUUGUACAGACAGAUAAAAAUAUAACUAAAUUAAAUUUCUGUUACGUAUCCACUGAACAGUACAUUAAAAUGUCAGAAGAUCUCGAAGAAAUAUAUAAUAACGCCAAAACAACACCAGGCACUCAGAAAUUCCAUAGUUUUUUGCCUAUUCCUGGCGACAAAGUAAAGGCAAACAGGUAUUCUAAUUCAGAAGAUGAACCAAAAAUAUUUAGUAUGAUCGGAAAAAAAUAGAAAAGAACAUGUUUGAAAUUGGCUCUAAGACACAUAUAUAUAUAUUUGAAAAAUUCAUAAUUAUAAAUAAUUGUAUAUUUAAAAGUGCACUUCAAUACAUAUUGCGAUCAAACAUUACAUUUCCUAAGAAAAUACAUUUGUAAUAUUUUGAAGUUUUUUAUGUAUAGGAAAACCCUUCCAAAUGAUUGAAUAAAUAACACAAAAUCUCCUAGAAAAUUGAGUUUCAUUGGA